AUGAAAUGCCAAAUGCAUACAAAGUAUAACAUUCAAGAACAUAAUUAUCAAGUUGGCAAUUUGGUAAAAAUACAAAUUGCAAAGAUUGACUAUGAACCUGGUAAUUAUUGCACACUUUCUUGUAAAGUGUUUUUAGUACUACCCAAUAAUAUGUAUUGUCUUGUAUGCCGAUUUGGUGUUCUUGAAAGAGCAUUUCUAGCUGAUGAAGUCUUGCUACUUGGGCCAAGAGAAUUUUCUGAACUGGACAAUUCUCUAACUUAUAAAAAUAUCAGUAUCGUUGAGGCAGCAAGAUUGCAAUCUAAUGCCUUUGCUAGUAAUAAAGAUUGCAAUUGCAGAGGUGAUUGCCUUAUGGCAAAAUGCUUUUGUAAAAAAGCAAAUAUUUUAUGUGAAAGUGGAUAUCAUUUAAAGAAUUCCAAAU